UCUACUGUUGCCUUCAAUGCCUGCUCUCUCAGCUGGUGUAGCGACCACACACUCCGGCUCUCCGCUUGUGUUUGUUUGCGACUUUUACUGAACUUUAUUUCCAGUGUUUGUGGUGCUCUGUGCAUCACUUAAUCUGCGUGCGGAUUUUGGAAAACUUGCUGCUGCAAAAUGGACUGAAGGAGCAGAAGCAGCAGCACAGCCAGAGUGUGGAUACUCCAGAAAAGAAGAGUUUUAUUUGUAAAGAGAGCGACCCUUUUCUGCGCGUUGAAUUAACCAUCAUGGAAGAGGACGACGGGCAUCUGGAGAACGGUAUCCACGCCACCAAGGACUCGGACCGGCAACAGCGGCUCAGACUUUGUGUUUUGAAUGAAAUGCUGAACACAGAGAGGGAUUAUGUUCGGACGUUGCUUUUCCUUCAGUCGGCAUUUUUGCACAGAAUCAGACAAACAGCAGAUGACCAGCAGUGUCUCUCACCUGAACAUGUGAAGAUUCUGUUUUCAAAUAUCGAGGACAUCCUGGAGUUGCACAAAGACGUGUUGUCCGCAGUGGAGUCCAGUCUGCAGCCCGAACCCCAUCCUCAGCAUGCACUGGGCCAUGUGUUCCUCAAGUUUAGGAAGAGUUUCUCGGUGUACGGCGAGUACUGCAGUAACCAUGAGAAGGCUUUACGGCUUCUCAUGGAGCUUAACAAGAUCCCCAACAUCAGGACCUUCCUGCUGCACUGUAUGCUUCUGGGAGGGAAGAAAAGCACAGAUAUUCCCCUGGAAGGUUACCUUCUCACCCCCAUUCAGAGGAUCUGCAAGUACCCUCUGCUACUGAAGGAACUGCUGAAGCGGACCCCUAAGAAGCAUGCUGACUACCCAGCGGUGGAAGAGGCUCUGCAGGCCAUGAAGGCUGUCUGCUCCAACAUCAAUGAGACCAAGAGGCAGAUGGAGAAACUGGAGGCUCUGGAACAGCUGCAGUCUCACAUUGAGGGCUGGGAGGGAACAAACCUGACUGAUAUUUGCACAGAGCUGCUGCUUCACGGAAAUCUGCUCAAAAUCUCAGCUGGCAACAUCCAGGAACGCAUCUUCUUCUUGUUCGACAACCUUUUGGUUUACUGCAAGAGGAAGUCCAGGGUUUCUGGAAAGAAGUCCACCAAGAGGACCAAAUCUAUCAACGGGCCCCUCUAUGUGUUCAGAGGCAGGAUCAACACGGAGGUGAUGGAGGUGGAAAAUGUGGAGGAUGGAACAGCGGACUAUCACAGUAAUAACUACACGGUGACUAACGGCUGGAAGAUCCACAACACUGCGAAGAACAAGUGGUUUGUCUGCAUGGCCAAAAAUGCAGAGGACAAGCAGAAGUGGCUGGAUGCCAUCUUGAGGGAACGGGAACAGAGAGAGAGUCUCAAACUGGGAAUGGAACGAGAUGCUUAUGUGAUGAUUGCCGAGAAGGGCGAGAAGCUCUACCACAUGAUGAUGACCAAGAGUCGACACCUCAUUAAGGAUAGACGCCGGAAGCUCAGUAUUGUUCCCAAGUGCUUCAUGGGAAAUGAGUUUGUGUCAUGGCUGAUAGAGAGCGGAGAGAUCAGCAAACCUGACGAAGGAGUCAACCUGGGACAAGCCUUGCUGGAAAAUGGCAUCAUUCACCACGUGUCAGACAAACACCAGUUCAAGAACGAGCAGGUGUUGUACCGAUUCCGCUACGACGACGGCACCUACAAGGCCCGCAGUGAGAUGGAGGACAUCAUGUCUAAGGGCGUCAGGCUAUACUGCCGUCUCCACAGCCUCCACACGCCUGUCAUCAAGGACAGAGACCAUCAUCUGAAAACCUUUAAAUCUGUGGUGCCUGCCAGCAAACUGGUAGACUGGCUACUUCUGCAGGGAGACUGCUCGACCCGAGAGGACGCUGUGACGCUGGGCGUGGGGCUCUGCAACAAUGGCUUCAUGCACCACGUCUUGGAGAAGAGCGAGUUCAAAGACGAGUCCCAGUUCUUCCGUUUCUAUGCGGACGAGGAAAUCGAGGGAACCAGCACCAAGAGCAAGCAGCUCCAGCGCAACGACUUCAAACUCAUUGAAAACAUCUUGGCCAAGUCUUUGGUGAUUCACCCCGAGGAAGAAGACUACGGCUUCGAGAUCGAGGAGAAAAACAAGGCCAUCGUGGUGAAGUCUGUCACCAGGGGCUCACAUGCUGAGAUGGCAGGCCUGCAGGUGGGCAGGAAGAUCUACACCAUCAACGAGGACCUGCUGUUCCUCAGGCCCUUCUCUGAGGUGGAAACCAUGAUCAGCCAAGCCUUCUGCAUACGGCGCUCCCUGCGGCUGCUGGUCGCUACAAAGGCCAAGGAGAUUGUGAAGAUCCCUGACAACCCAGACAGCCUCUCCUUCAGACUGUGUGGCUCCGCCCCUCCUCAUGUCCACGCUGUCAGGAAAGGCUGGGAGGCGGCGGGGGCGGGUCUCCAGCCAGGCCAGGUCGUCCUGAAGGUCAACGGCAACAACGUCAACCGCAGUGACUACCAGGAGGUCCUGGAGCAUUUCAGCGCCCAGCACAAACACCAGGAGCCUCCCCAAGUGUGUCAGUGGGUGUAUCGUGCGUUUGAAGACGUGGAGGAGCUACAAAAAGAACGAGGUGAAGGUGAAAAGGAGGAGAGCCCUUUCUCGCCUUAUCCUGUAGAGAACGGGUCAGACCACGAUGAGGAGAACGGCACGAAUGGAACAGACCACCGGCUGGACAGACUCUCCCUCUCUGAAGAUCUGCCACUCGUCAGCAUGACGGUGGAUAACGUCCAUCUGGAGCACGGCGUCGUCUAUGAAUACGUCAGCACCGCCGGCAUCAAGAGCCACGUCCUGGAGAAGAUGGUGGAGCCAAAAGGCUGCUUCAGCCUCACAGCUAAGAUCCUGGAGGCGUUCUCUAGCGAUGACAGGCUCUUUGUUGAUAACUGCAGCCAGCUCAUCUCCCAGAGCGACCGCGUGGUCACCAUGCCUCAGUUUGAGUUCAGAGAAAUCUGUGACACGAAGCUGAAGAGGAUCCGACAGCGUAUCAGCAGCUAUCAACAGUUUGCAGAGGAGCUGAGGAAUAAGGCGUGGCCGUCCUUCAGACAGGCAGGUGGUCAUCCUCACCCUCUGGGCUGCAUGGACUUUGUCCCCACCAACUGCCACGUCAACUUCAUGCAGGUCUCCUACCCCAAGAGCAUCACCUCUGCUGGCAGGACUUUCAGCAUCCGCUUCGGACGUAAAAACUCCCUGUUCGGCCUGGAUCCCGACCAAGCACAACUGAACCCCAUGUCCCACACGCAGCACUGUGUGACGAGUAUGGGAGCGCCCUCCUGGAAGUGCUCGGGCCUGGAAGGAGACGAGGUGGAUGGGAACGGGGAGGUGACCAUGGAUGGAGGCGAGGGCUUGAAUGACAGCCGGCAGAGUUUCCAUGAGGAAGGCGGGCUGAGCUUCCUGCUCAAACAGGAAGACACAGACACCCAGGAUAACUACAUUCACUUGUACAGCCGCCUGGAUGUUGCUGUGAGGGAGAUGAGGCAGUAUGUCGCUCAAAUAGACGUCCUCUUGUCGUCUAUAACCGAACCCACACAACUCCAAGGUGAGGGUGGGGAGCCUCCGGUGUACGAGACCAGUCAGCCCCCCUCCCUGGCCCCCUGUGAGGACGGCUGUGACCAGGACAAAGUGGAGCAAGGCGGCAUCAAGCGUGUUUGUUUCAAGGUGAACGAGGAGGACCAGGAGGACUCGGGUCAUGACACGAUGAGCUACAGAGACUCCUACAGCGAAUGCAACAGCAACAGAGAUUCAGUGCUGUCCUACACCAGUGUGAGGAGUAACAGCUCUUACCUCGGGAGUGACGAGAUGGGAUCAGGGGACGAGUUGCCCUGUGACAUGAGGAUUCCCUCGGACAAACAGGACAAGCUGCACGGCUGCCUCGAGCACCUUUUCAACCAGGUUGACUCCAUUAACAGCCUACUCAAAGGAUCUGUGAUGAUGAAAGCCUGUGAGGAGACCAAACACUUUUACCCUGACAACACCCAACCAGGUUGGAGAAGAUCAUUUCAAAAGUUCCGACAAACAGACGAUUGGACCAUGCGUAGUCGUUACAUGAUUCAGAAGAACAUCGGGGAGGACCCCUGGAACCUGCCCACCUCCAUCAAAACGCUGGUGGAGAGCCUGCAGAGAUAUGUGGAUGAUGGAAGGAACCAGCUUCUCCUUGCUCUGCUCAAGUGCACAGACACGUCUCUACAGCUGCGAAGGGAUGUGAUCUUCUGCCAGGCAGCGACGGGAGCCCUGUGCACGCUGGCCGAGCAGCUGUUGGCGGCGCUGCGAUCCCGGUUCAACAACGCCGGCGAGUACCAGGAAGACGGCAAGGAGACCAGUAGGAAGUGGCUGGAGCAGAUUUCUGCCAUCGGCGUUCUGUUGCACUUCCAAUCUACGCUAGCGCCACACCUGAAAGAGCAGCGCACCAUGCUGGAAGACACCAAGGCCGCCCUGUUGGACUUGGACAAAGUCACUGUGUUCUUCAGGCAACUGGAAGACGAGUUUCUAGUCGCAAACACACCAGUGUGCUACCAGGUGGAGGGCAGCCGACAGGCCCUGAGGGUCACGCUGUACCUGGACAGCUGUCACUUCAGUGAGCUUCCCAGUCGACUACAAAACGGAGGCAGCCUCAAGCUCCACACCAUCCUCUUCACCAAAGCUCUCGAGCGUCCGGAGGGAGUGUCCCAGCAGGACUACGCAGCCAUGGAGGAGUUCCAGCAGCGCACCAACGCGGUCUCACUAGAGCGGGUCAAGGCCUACUACCGCAAACUCAGGGCUUUCUAUUUGGAGAAGUCCAAUCUCCCUACAGACUCCAACACCACAGCCAUGAAGAUAGACCAGAUACUGGGCCUUGAAGUUAGAGACCUUCGACCGAGCAUUUCAAAACUGCUGCGACCUCUCAACACCCUGGACGACCUGUGUCGACUCAUGCAGUCCUACGUGAACGUGCGCCAGAGCGCUCAGGGUCACCCGUCAGGUGUGAGCGUGCUGUGCGUCUCCUCUGAGCUGUGUAACCGCCUGGGAGCGUGCCACAUCACCAUGUGUGCUACAGGCAUGCAGAGAUGUACCCUAAGUGUGACACUGGAACAGGCGAUGAUCUUAGCCCGAAACCAUGGCCUCAUGCCUCGCUGCAUCAUGCAAACUAUGGAUAUAAUGCGCAAACAGGGGGCAAGAGUUGAGCUCUCUGCUAAAAAUCUCAAGGUAAUGGACCAGAUGCCUCCAUCAUUCCCAAGGCUCUUCAAACUGUGUUUGCCGCCCUCAGACGGAGACCUCUAAGAGAUCUGAUACUUCAUCUGAGGACUUGACAGAGAAACUUAAAAGGAAGACAUGAUGAGAGAUGACAGAGACAGUUGAACGUUUUCCUUCACACUGCCAAUGGAAAUACUCUGCUCCUCCCGCCCUACUGCCCCAGUUACACACAGGGAUCUUUCCACUGUGGAUGCCACUAGAGUUUCAGCGCAAGCUAAACAAGACUGUACAAACAAAUGUUAGUUAUCGCAAACCAACAGUGAGACUGGUGCAGCCUGAAGCACAGGACUAGUCACGAGCUGUUAUACUGGGAUACCACCAAGGUUGAAGGAUUAUUGUUUUGACUGUCCGUCCACACAAAGCUGACAUUGACUGGAAAGGUGGUGCAAAAUAUUCUCAACAUAUUAAAAAGAGACGCUGGUUAAGGUCUCCGCCGUGACUAUGCUCUUACUAUUAACUGGAUUAACCAAACUACCUGUAGCAAACUGUCAUCCUGAAUGCAGAUGUUAUCCAUUUUGCCUUGGACUGCAACUGCAGAGAGCUGCCUCUUUCUCUGUAUGGGCUGCGGGAGUUCCCCAGGGCUCAAUGCUUGGACCCCGAGUGAAGUAGUUAGCCGGCUGAAUAGAGAUGCAGAAAGUCGAAGUAUAGACAGAAAGAUGGAAGUAGGGAUUGAGGGAUCGAUGAAAAGACGGAUGAAACGAGCAUGGUGCGGCUCUUUUUAAGCCUGUUGCAUGUGGUCACUGUGCAAUUACUGUAGGUUUAGUGUGAGUACUGUAUUACUGCACUAUAUGAAGGAUAGUUAUUUAUUGUGUCUGAAAGGAGCGUUUUUAUCCCUCACUUAUUCUAUAUCAGGUAUUAAAGAAUCUAAAAGCAUUCCGGCCUAAGUAUUGAACAGUAUUUAAAGGACCAAGGCAUGCCGUAUUUUAGACGUAACAGCUUGUGUAUUUUAUUUAUAUGUCUGAACUUUUAUCAUGUCAGGAAGAGUUGCAUUAAUCUUCAGGGAGAGAGAGGGUGAGGGACAGAAGCUAGCUAAUUAGAAUCUAGACAAAGGUAGCUAAAGCAAACUGUACGAGCCUGCUCGUCAAUCAGUGGCCAAUUACAGGUUGGGAAAUUAAAUCAUUGUUAAAUUAUUAAUAUAUUAAUUCAAAUGUACUAGUUGAAGGAUCGCCUUCGGUUAACUAAGUCGUCAUUUGAUUUUUAAAUUUGUGUUUUUCAUACUCUUGGGUCUUUUUACUGUAGGUAUUAAAAUAAGCACAAUGAUCGGUCAAUUCAAGUCGCAGUGUUAGCAAAAAGUACUGUAAACCGUUUGUGGAUGACGUAAACAAAGGGAUUGUUUCACGACUGAAACACAGUCACAUUAUUUUCUCUUUAUUUUAAUUUCUUGAACAUACAAACUGUAACGAUGUCAGAGAGAAGAGUAGGACGUGUCUUACAGCAGCACAGUAAUGCUUUAAAUUAAAUGUGGUUAUUUUUACAGCGAUAAUGUACGUAGUAUAUAAAGCUAGGCAUCUGAGGAGAAGCUGUUUUUCUUUGCUGAGUGUAACUUUACUGACAACUUGUUUUUGACAUGCGUCUCGAGAAUCUGUCUCGACAUGCUGCAUUCAUUAAGCAGAUCACUUAGACCUUUUUAUUUAUUUAAAAGCUGUCUGGUUCCAAAAAAGCAUGUUCAAAUAUGCAUCCUUCUGCACAGGCAUGCCCACUGUUAAAAAGACCCAGUGCGUAUUUGCAUCGUUUUAAUUUCCCCCCAUUGUUUUUCUUAAUCUGAGCAGUGUAUAUUGUAAAAACAAAGAAUGCAGCAUUAGUGACAACCUGGUUUGAAAGUCUGUGUUACCAGUUAAAUUAGCAAAUGACUGCAGCAUGUUGGCUCUAGCUGGACAAACAAAACAUGUCACUGAUUACACAUUAUUUACAUUAUUCUAAUGUUUUUGUAUAUACUUUAUUUGCAAUCUUUAUGUUGCCUGAAAAUAACUGUACAAAGGAUCUUUGUUGAAUCUUUCUAAAAGUAUCAUUGUAAAUGCAAUCUUAACAAGAUAGUAAAUAAAAUGUUCGCAGUAUGA